GCAGCGGCGGCUGCAGAUGUGGAUGCGGAGACCAGCCGGGGCUCCGAAGGCAACCCAGACUUUCCUAUGGCCUCGCUGUACGUGGGCGACCUGCAUCCUGAAGUGACAGAGGCAAUGCUGUAUGAGAAGUUCAGCCCGGCCGGGCCCAUCCUGUCCAUCCGCAUUUGCAGGGACAAGAUCACCCGCCGCUCGUUGGGCUACGCGUACGUCAACUACCAGCAACCGGUGGAUGCCAAGCGGGCCCUGGAAACCCUGAACUUUGAUGUGAUCAAGGGCAGGCCCGUGCGCAUCAUGUGGUCCCAGCGGGACCCCUCGCUCCGCAAGAGUGGGGUGGGCAACGUCUUCAUCAAGAACCUGGGCAAGACCAUCGACAACAAGGCGCUGUACAACAUCUUCUCGGCGUUUGGCAACAUCCUGUCCUGCAAAGUGGCCUGCGACGAAAAGGGGCCCAAGGGCUACGGGUUUGUGCACUUCCAGAAGCAGGAGUCCGCAGAGCGAGCCAUUGAUGCGAUGAAUGGCAUGUUCCUGAACUACCGCAAAAUUUUCGUUGGGAGAUUCAAGUCGCAUAAAGAACGAGAGGCCGAAAGGGGAGCCUGGGCCAGGCAGUCCACCAGUGCUGACGUCAAAGAUUUCGAGGAAGACACGGAUGAGGAGGCCACCUUGCGAUGAAGACAUGCCAGGGACGAGCCAGCCAGCAGAGCCAAACCUUGGCUCCCACCCGGUUUACAACCACCCUCUUUGCCCCUCUAACCCACCAGCAGUGUAUUGUAUUGUACUGGGAGUGCAGGUCUCUCUUUAUCUCUCUCUCUCUCUCUCUCUCUCUCUCUCUCUC